GGUCUGUGCACGCGCCGCGGGGAGGACGGGGCUGCACAGGCGCUUUGCCCUGAAUGCGCUGCGGAGCACGGGCGGCGGCGGCGGCGGCAGCAGCAGCAGCAGCAAGGAGAAGGAAGAGGGGAGCGGAGCCGAAGGAGGGGCUUUGCUCUCGCCGCUGUUUGCUCCGAGCGAUGCACCUGCUUGCACCUGCGGCGGCGGCUGCGCCCUGAAUCGGCCUGCUGGGUGCCAAGGAGACGGCUCCGCGCGGCGUUGCCCUUCGUGCUCUAUGGCGGAGCUGCCAGGCCCUGGCUGCCCGCUCGCCCCUGGCAUGGCUCCUGCUCAGCCAACCCCCUGCCCCUGCGGCCGAGCGUGAGCCGUCGCUGCUCCCCCGAGGCUUCCCGAGACGCGCGGCGGGGGAGGCAGCCGCUAGGGACUGAACCACCCGAAGCACCCUGAAAGCCGGGGAGCGGGUUGGCCGGCCCCAGCCUUUCGCGGACUUUGCAAGGAGUGGCGCCCGCUGUUGCUUUCCCGCCCUGCUGCGAAGUUGGGGGUCUCCCGUUUUGGAGGCUGAUGGUGGAAGGGCAACCCGGCGGGCGGCAGCUGGAGCGGGGAGGACCCGGCUAGGGAGGGGCCGCGGGGAGAGGCCGGAGGAGCAGCCGGUCCCCUCUCCGGUGACAGGCUGCCCCCAGCCUGCGGGUGACCUUUGACUGGGACAAGCGGGACUGGACGGAACGCGCUUCUGGCAGCCCUGCCCUUCAUGCCCGUCUCCUCCUCUGGGGCUUCCCUGAAGAAGGCACUGCUGCCGGGAUCCGGCUCCGUAGGCCAAGAGUAGCCUGCAUGGGGGGCCCAGCAGGCCGAGGACUGGGCUGGAUGUAAUCCUGGUGCCACCUGGUCUCAGAAGCAUCGGCGGAGGGUUCUGCGAAGCUGAGCACAGGCUGUAUCGGAGGGCCGGGGAGCCAGACCCCCGGCUCCUGUCAUGGGGCAAAUGCCUUGUCCUGAGGAGAGGCCAGAAACAAUGCCAGGGUGUUAAGGGGGCUCUCGGUACUGAACAUCCUCUUGGCUCAGCCGGCGGUGCUGGCUCUUGCAUGCUACCAGUAUGGAGACCAAGAUACCGCCCGCCGUCACUCCCACCAGCCCUUCAUCCCCGGGAAUGUCCCCGGUGCCACCACCGGAUAAAGUGGAUGGCUUCUCCCGGCGCUCGCUGCGUCGCUCCCGCCAGAGGCGGUCUCACAGUUCCUCCCAGUUCCGGUACCAGAGCAACCAGCAGGAGCUCACGCCUCUCCCUUUGUUGAAAGAUGCUCCUGUUUCAGAGCUGCAUGACCUUCUGUGCAAGAAGCUCCAGCAGUGCUCCAUCCUCUUCGACUUCCUGGAUUGUGUUGCAGACCUGAAGGGCAAGGAGAUCAAGCGAGCAGCCCUCAACGAACUGGUGGAGUGUGUGGCCACGAACCGUGGCAUUCUCAUUGAGCCACUCUACCCUGAGAUCAUAAAGAUGAUCACUGUCAAUAUCUUCCGGACACUUCCUCCCAGUGAGAACCCUGAGUUUGACCCUGAAGAAGAUGAACCCAACUUGGAGCCUUCUUGGCCACAUCUACAGCUUGUUUAUGAGUUUUUCCUCCGGUUUCUUGAGAGCCCAGACUUCCAACCCUCAGUUGCCAAGCGCUACAUAGACCAGAAAUUCGUAUUGCUGCUACUAGAGCUAUUUGACAGCGAGGACCCCCGGGAGCGUGAAUACCUCAAGACCAUCCUCCACCGUGUCUACGGCAAGUUCCUGGGCCUGCGUGCCUACAUCCGCAAGCAAUGCAACAACAUUUUCUUGCGGUUUAUCUAUGAGACGGAGCAUUUCAAUGGUGUGGCAGAACUGCUGGAGAUCCUGGGGAGCAUCAUCAAUGGCUUCGCCCUGCCCUUGAAGACAGAACACAAGCAGUUCCUGGUACGAGUCCUCAUCCCACUUCAUUCAGUGAAAUCCCUCUCCAUAUUCCAUGCCCAGCUGGCUUAUUGUGUGGUCCAGUUCCUGGAAAAGGAUGCCAUGUUGACAGAGCAUGUGAUCCGUGGGCUGUUGAAGUACUGGCCAAAGACCUGUACACAGAAGGAGGUGAUGUUCCUGGGAGAGAUAGAAGAGAUCCUAGAUGUCAUUGAACCCUCACAAUUUGUGAAGAUUCAGGAGCCGCUUUUCAAGCAGGUGGCUCGCUGUAUUGCCAGCCCUCACUUCCAGGUUGCAGAGCGGGCUCUGUAUUUCUGGAACAACGAAUACAUCUUGAGCCUGGUGGAGGAUAACUGCAACACGGUGCUGCCCACCAUCUUUGGCACACUCUAUCGUGUCUCCAAGGAGCACUGGAACCCGACCAUUGUUUCUUUGGUCUACAAUGUCCUCAAGACCUUUAUGGAGAUGAAUGGGAAACUCUUCGAUGAACUCACAGCCUCCUACAAAGUGGAGAAGCAGCAGGAACUGAAGAAGGAAAAGGAGCGGCAGGAGCUGUGGCGGCAACUGGACGAGCUCCAGUUGCGGAAGCUGCAAGGACUGGAGGAGGCCAAGAUGAACCGCCUGAACCUGCAGCACAGCUUGGCUGUGCAGAGGGGAGAGGCGAGCUAGGAGGCCCCUCUCCCCUGGGAUCCCCCCUGCUGUGGCAUGGGAGCGACACUCACUGGUGCAGUCCCCAUCCUGUACAGCUGACCCCACUCACCAGGUCUGUGCCAAACCAGAGCUCAUGCCCUCUGCCCUGUCUGUUGGUGGGCAUGCCCCCCCUUCCCCGUUGCCCCACAGGGAUUGUCAAGGCCCCUAUUCAACACUAGACUCGUGGGCAAGUGCACAGCUGUAUUUGGGGGAAGAAGAAUUAAAUUGCAGGGUCUCUGUUGCAUCCUUGGUGUCCCCUAAGACAGGUGCUGGGGGUGGAUUGCAUGUAAAGAAGAACAUUAUCAGGUGAGGUGGGGCCAUACUGGGGUGAGGGUAAGGUAAGGGCUGUCAUUACUGCUGCACAGGCUUGGAACUCAUGUGUAGGUCGAGGUGGGGAGGGGAGCGUGGUUCCCAUGGCAAUAGAAAGCAAUAGACCUCCUGAUCCAAAGUUCACCCUCUGAGUGGGGUUCCAGUGACUAGAGGCUUAAUGUAGUGGGGAGAAUCAUUUAUGAUACCCUGUUGGGGGAGCUCUUUGGGUUUUCUGGCCCUAGGUGUUGCCUCUCUUCCAUGAGGUGAGCCCUUGCUCCUUUGGCGUUGACAGGGUGGCGCCCCUUGUUCGUUGCUCCCCUGUGAGUGGAAGAUGCGGCCUUGCUUUUGUCUUCCCCCAGAAGAAGGAGAGAUGAGGAACCAUGUUAAUACUCCUUGGCAUGUCAGUGGGAAGGGGUUCCCACCACAGUAGGGAUGAGAGACUUGUAUGGCUGAGUGUGUGUGUGUGCAAACCUGGGCCUCUGCAUGCUAUUAUGGGGAGGGGAAGUACGGGGGCUUUUCCCUCCUGUAUUUAGAGCUGGGGGGUUGGCAGCUGCCUCUUCUCUUUGGUAUUUGGGAAUGAAGGAGAUUCUGCCCCCUCCCAAAUCAUUUCAUUGGAUUUCCCACACACACACACUUUUUUUUUUGUUUUUGCAUCCUGUGGUCGGGUGUGUGGUUGCGUGCGUGUGUGUCUGUGACUGAACUUAGCUGCACUUUUGCUUGGACACUCACGGCCCUUAGAUGGAGUGUAGCGUUAUUCUCUUCACACACACCCUUCCUCCCUGCUUCCACUGGGCUUGUUUUUUUAGCCGUGAAUAGAAAUUUGGAGGGGAGGGGGUGCAGAGAAAAGGGAGAGGGUGCUCAAAUUCCUGCACUUUAGAAGAGCUGGUUGUUGCACAGGUAGAAAAUGGGAUGGCUCUGCUGGUCCUCCAGUAUUUGGACAAGGGAGGGGGGAAAGCACCAGACUGUACCAUCUCGGGGAGUGGGGAAAGGUGGCCAUGGUUGCUCACGAUUCUCUCAGGUGUUAGCAUAUUCUCUGCCCAUCUCAAAGGAAAAGGGGAACCUAAGAGACUCUCUAGAAACACUGUUGGGUGUUGACAUGGACUGCAGCAUUUACAACUUGAGGAUUGCAGGACCACAGUUUUACAUAUUUAGUUACGAAAUUAUUUCUUUCUCCUCUUCCUCCUCCCCACAAAGUUUUGGCAGGGGGCAGGGUGAGUGCUCCCCCCCCCCCUCACUAGGCAUGAUGAAUUCAAACGUGCUCUGUUUUAUGGAAUAGUCACAGGGUGGUUCUUUGUGGGAGGGAUGGGGUGGGUGGGUUGCGUGUAUUACAGUUUAUUUUUUAGUAAAACACUGAAGGCAGUUGGCAACCGUAGAGACCAGGUGCACUUUUUCUGUAGUCUUUUUAGCUGAUGCCUCACAGGGGCAUAGUUUCCACAGGAUUAGGCCUUGAGGCCUAGGGGUGGGGCUGCAGAAGAGAGCUAUUUUGGUGGAGGUGGGGGGGAAGUCUAUUUAUUACAAGUUUCGCUACCAUGAGCCCUCCCCCUGCCCUCAUUUUCCUUUUGCUGGACGAGUCUGUAUUCAAUAAAGAUUAAAGUUUCAUGUCA